AUUGGUUUCCCGUCCGAGUCCAUCAUUAAUCGCUUGGAUAUCAACCUCCUCAAUAUAUCAUCACUCUGCUGUCAGCUUCUGUCGCAGAGCUUGUAUAAUCACCACAGACGCUACGAACUUGAUUUCGCAUUUCCUCACUUCAAAUGAUUUUGCGUGCGGUUGUAGACAGCCAAACCUCGGAGAAGUAUUUGCGAAUUGCGUCCAUUUCCAUUGCAUUGUAUGAUUAUGUUGUCACACUUCCCGCAGAAUGGCGGUUCUACAGAAGCCAAUCCUCAAUUUUUCACCUCAGUAUUUCCUGUAUCUUAUUUAUCCUCAUACGCUAUGUCAGUAUCGUAGUCAUGUUAUUUAGCAAUUACGGAGACUUCGCCACCACCUUCACCCAAGAAACUUGUCAAGAUUACUACAUUUUAGCGCCUAUUUUCAAAAUUCUACAAACGAUGGUAUCGCAAGUCAUCCUCGGUUUCAGGACAUGGAAUAUUGCAAGGAGAAAUAUGCGGGUAGGAAUUACUCUAGCGCUGCUAUUCCUAACUGCAAUUACGCUGGAGUGGUUCACCAAUAUGUUUGACCGGAUCCCUGUUGUCGUUGAUGGAAACUGUACCCCAGGAAAUGCUGGCAAAACAUUGUCCGCCUGGCUUUACUACGUCACUGCGAUGAUGUAUGAUCUCGUGAUCUUGACGAUUUCCACCACGCAUCUUCUGCAAUAUAAUGUUCUCAGCAGCAGGCUAGAACGAAUAGUACGGGUCCUGAUGUAUGAUGGCAUUGGAUAUGUGGUCGUACUGACAGGAUCGAACAUAUUGAACAUAGUCUUGUAUCGCGAGUCUAAUGUCCAAACUCAGGUAAUUAUAUCCAACUUCCGUACGCCAUGGAGACUUACUGCGAUUUCCGUCCGCUUCUAUGAUCAGUCGGCAGGGGCAUCAAUAGGUUAUGCCGUGACAUGGAUCAUGAGCCAACGAAUUCUUAUCCAUUUACAAGAAAUGCAAGAAAACCCGCAUAUGGAAAGUGUGGUCCUCGCGCGUCCCGCACAAAAUGCGAAGAACUUGAUUUCCGGUUUGCUCUCUAAAAGCAAUGUCGACUUCGUGACAUCGCCGCGUAAUAUGCGCACCAACAAUGACAUGGAGCUGGACAUACACGUACGCGUCGAGCGCUCGGUGGUCGUAGACUACGAGGAUGGAUCUGAGCAUCCGAAUACAAAGUGGUGAUGCACCGCUAUAUAUAUACACCCCAUAUCUGCUGUGCCAUUCGAUUUUCAAGUAGUUUUUAUGGGUGUUCGUGCACUGGUCCUUAGGUCCGUCUUUGACAUGCAACCUUUGACAGUUGAGUGAUCGCGUGACGGGCACUGAUCAUGUAUAGGCUAUGGAGCCGGGAGCGAGGAACUUGGGGGAGCGCUACGAUUGGAAACGGAAGAACAUAGACC